AUGCAUGACAAAAGAAUAACCCUGAUCGCUGGCUACAACCUUCCCUUCUCAACCUCAAAGGUUCAGAAAGUCUUCAGGGCGGCGUGGAAGCUCUGGUCCAACGCUGCAGCGAUGAAAUUUCGCAAGCGGAACAGGAAAGAGGCUUAUAUCGUCAUCUCAUUCCACAAUGGAAAUCAUGAAGAUGGCUCACCUUUUGAUGGCACAGGAGGAAUCCUGGCGCAUGCCUUCCUGCCUGGGGUUGGUAUUGGUGGAGACGUACACUUUGAUGCAGAGGAAGACUGGAGUCUAAAUUCUACGGGUUUCAACCUUUUUGCUGUAGCAGUCCAUGAAUUUGGCCAUGCGCUUGGCCUGCCCCACUCUGAUGAUCCCGGAGCGAUCAUGUACCCAUCAUACAAUUUUGCCCCUAAUAAAGAAAUUCGGCUCUCCUUCCGCGACGUCACAGAUGUCCAACACCUGUAUGGUGAGUUCAGCUGGAUUGUAAAAAAAAAGGCCUAA